AUGUUUAAACUCAAAACCCAUAAAUUAUUUUCUUUGAAUCCAGUUAUUAGAACUAAAAAGUUUUCAUCAAUUGCAUCUGCAUCAUCAAUUCAAGAUAAUGACCAAUCAAAUCAAUUUCAUAAUCAAAUUCAAGAAACACAAUCUUUGGCCCCAAGAUUCUAUCUUUUUGCCUUAACCAACUGUAAAAACAUAAAACAGUUCAAACCCAUUCACACCCAUUUAACAGUUAAUGGUUUUUUCAAUGAUAUGGUUUUAGUUAACAAACUCUUAUAUGUAUAUGUACGUUAUAAUUUAAUGGAAGAUGCAUAUAAACUGUUUGAUGAAAUGCCUGAACGAAACGCGGCGUCGUGGAGUGUUAUGAUUGGUGGUUUUGCUAAGGCUGGAUAUUAUAUCAAGUGUUAUGAAAUGUUUAGGGAGUAUAUUAGGUCUGGUGAACAGCCUGAUGUUUACACAUUGCCUUGUGUUAUUAGGGUAUGUAGAGAUAGAGUGGAUCUCGUAAUGGGGAGAUUAGUUCAUCAAAUUGUGUAUAAGUUUGGGUUAAGUACUAACGCGUUUAUAUGUGCCGCGCUUGUUGAUAUGUACGCGAAAUGUGGGGUGAUAGAUGACGCGAGGAAGUUGUUUGACAAUAUGGUGAUUAAGGAUCUUACUACGUGGACUGUUAUGUUUGGCGCGUAUACUGCUUGUGGGAAUGCUAGUGAGUCGUUGGUUUUAUUCGAUAAGAUGCUAGAAAGUGGUCUUGUUCCCGACAAGAUUUGUUUGGUGACGAUUGUUAAUGCGUGUGCAAAGUUAGGUGCCAUGAAUAAAGCUGAAGUUGUUGAUGAUAUCAUACAAAAACAAUACAGUUCACUAGAUGUGAUUCUUGGAACGGCAAUGAUUGAUAUGUAUGCUAAAUGUGGAAGCAUUGAUUCUGCUCGAAAGAUAUUUGAUAGAAUGAGGGAAAAGAACGUUAUAACUUGGAGUACGAUGAUUGCUGCUUAUGGGUAUCAUGGACAUGGACAAAAAGCACUUGAAUUGCUUCCUUUGAUGUCAAAAAACCGAGUUACACCAAACAGAAUUACUUUCGUUUCACUUCUUAAUGCCUGCAGUCACUCUUGUUUAGUUGAAGAAGGUCGUCGUGUUUUUUCAUUAAUGCAAGAAAAGUACUUCAUAAAACCAGACGUGAAGCACUAUACGUGCAUGGUUGAUCUAUUAGGCCGUGCUGGAAAACUCAAUGAAGCGUUCAAUAUGAUUGAGAAUAUGAAAGUUGAGAAAGAUGUAGGACUAUGGUCUGCAUUACUUGCUGCCUGUAGAAUCUAUAAAAAUGUUGAAAUGGCGCAAAAGGCAGCCGAAUCUCUUCUAGAAAUUGAGCCUGAUGAUCCCAGCCAUUAUGUCAUGCUUUCAAACAUUUAUGCAAAAGAAGGAAAGUGGGAAAACAUGGCCAAACUUCGUACACAAAUGACUAGUAAAAGCUUAAAAAAGACCCCGGGUUUUACAUGGGUUGAGGCACAGAAUGGGGUUCACAAAUUUUGCAGUGGUGAUCACACACAUUCGGAAUCAAAGGCGAUAUAUGAGAAACUCGAGAGUUUGAUAGAGAAGUUAAGGGUUUCUGGGUAUGUUCCAGAUACAGAGUUUGUGUUACAUGAUGUUAAUGAGGAUGUCAAAUUGGGAAGUUUGUAUGCACAUAGUGAGAAGCUUGCAAUUGCAUAUGGACUUAUUAGUACACCUGAGGGAACGGUGAUUCGUUUAACCAAAAAUCUUCGAGUGUGUGGCGAUUGUCACACGUUUAUGAAAUAUGUGUCUGUUGUUGAGAAGAGGGAGAUAGUUGUUCGUGAUGCCAAGCGGUUUCAUCAUGUCCGGGAUGGCGUCUGUUCAUGUGGUGAUUAUUGGUAAAGGAGUCGUGUUUUCGUGGUUGGAUAUGGACUUUGAUUUAUACUGUAAACUAAAGUUCGUCUCAUUGAUCCAUUUUUGCUAGAGAUCAAUAAUGACAGCUUUAUAUUAUAUUAUAAGGAUCAGUUUUCUUGUUCUA